ACUUUAGAAAUUUUGCUUAGUCAAACAUCUUGUUUCCAAUACAAUGAAGGUACUGUACAACAUGUCUCCAUCUCUCAAUUGUCACCAUUCGAAAACGCAUUUACAGAAAAACCAAAAUGGCAAUGUUCGAGUUGACUGCAAAUCAAUGAACGGGUUCAUUUUCCAACCUAUCAGGCUAUAUAUGGAGAAGAUUCAUAAACACAUUGGUACUACAGAAAAUUUAACAGAAAAAACAAAGUUGCUCAGAAUGGAACACAACAGUUCUACUGCUUCUGCUAAAUUUCAUCUAGUCCUUACAAUUCUCACUGUACUUUUGUCACUUGAAUCCAUUCAGCUGAGUUUCAGCCUUGCCAAUCUUGAUGGUGAUCAUGAUCAGGGUGUUGCUGGCUGCAUGGAGAUGGAGAGGAAAGCUCUGCUCGACUUCAAACAAGGCCUAGAAGAUCCUUCAGACCAGCUCUCAUCUUGGGUUGGAGAAGAUUGCUGCAAAUGGAGAGGUGUGGGCUGCAACAACAUAACUGGACGUGUGGUCCAGCUCAAUCUUCACUACAAGGACUCAGACGACAUGGAUUUGCAGGGUGAUGGAGAAGCAGUCACAGUCACGGACCCAUUAGGCGGUGAGAUCAACCCUUCUCUUCUUUUAUUGAAAGAUUUAAGUUACUUAGAUUUGAGCAUGAAUGACUUUGGAGGUGUCCAAAUUCCAAACUUCUUUGGCUCACUAGAGAAACUUAAGUAUCUUAAUCUUUCUGGUGCAAACUUUGGGGGAGCCAUUCCACCAAGUCUUGGAAAUCUCUCGAGAUUGAGCUAUCUUGAUCUCAAUAAUGUUAAUUUUCAGUCAAAUGAAAAUGAACUCCAUUGGCUUUCUGGUCUUUCUUCUCUAAAGUACCUUAAUCUAAACGGUUGGAAUCUGACAAAGGCUGAUACAUAUUGGGUUCACGGUGUUAAUAGGAUCCCUUCACUUCUUGAGUUACACUUCUCAAGUUGUAGCCUUUCUAGCAUUCCUCCAACUCUUCCUUUUGUCAAUUUCACAUCUCUUUCGGUUCUUGAUCUGUCAAAUAAUCCAUUCAACACAGCAAUUCCUACUUGGCUAUUCACUCUUAAAAGUCUAACCUAUGUUGACUUGAACUCCAACUAUUUCCAAGGAAUAGUUCCUGAAGCAAUUGCGAACUUGACUUCACUACAGACGCUUCACUUGAAUCUGAAUAGUCUGGAAGGUCACUUGCCACGAAACUUGGGGAAGUUAUGCAAUUUGCGAACGUUGAUGCUUUCGAACAACAAAUUUACUGGUGAAAUAACUCAUUUCAUCAACGAUUUGUCUGAAUGCUCCAACAAGAGCUUAGAGACAUUGGAUUUGGGAUAUAAUUUGCUGACAGGUUAUCUUCCAGACUCUUUAGGAUUCCUCGAGAGUUUAAAGUACAUUCUAUUGUGGGGUAACUCCUUUCAGGGUUUGAUUCCGACUUCUAUUGGAAACUUAUCACGUGUGGAAGAAAUUUACCUGUCAAAUAAUCAAUUAAGUGGCAACAUUCCAACAAGUCUAGGCCAGCUUUCAACACUGGUUUCGUUAGAGAUAAAAGGGAACAAUUUAGAGGGUGUCAUAACUGAAGCUCAUUUAGGAAAUCUUUCAAGCUUGAGUGAGCUAACAAUUUAUAAAGACUCUCCAAAUGUUACUUUGAUCUUUAAUAUCAGUUCUGAUUGGACACCACCAUUUCAGCUGACAUACAUUGAAAUGAGAUCUUGUCAGUUGGGUCCUGAGUUUCCACCAUGGCUUAAAAGUCAAAAAGAGUUGGCCACAGUGGUGCUCAACAAUGCUAGGAUUUCAGGUGUCAUACCAAAUUGGUUUUGGCAACUCAAUUUGCAACUAGACAAAUUUGAUGUUGCUUAUAAUCAACUAAGUGGUAGGGUUCCAAAUACAUUAAGAUUCAACAACCCUUGCACUGUUGACUUGAGCUCAAACCUUUACCAGGGUUCCCUACCUUUGUGGUCAUCCAAUAUUACCAUGUUGUAUUUGAGGGAUAAUCAAUUUUCUGGUCCAAUUCCUCCAAGUAUUGGUGAAGUAAUGCCCUUUCUCUCAGAUUUAGACAUCUCCAGAAACUCUCUCAAUGGAAGUAUUCCUUUGUCCAUCAGUAAGCUAACUGGAUUGACAACCUUAGUGAUCUCAAAUAAUAAGCUUUCUGGUGAAAUCCCUGAUUUCUGGAACAACAUCUCGUUUUUGUAUAUAGUAGAUGUGUCAAAUAAUAAUCUUUUCGGCACCCUCCCAAGUUCAAUGGGUUUUCUUAACAAUAUAAGAUUCUUGAUAUUGUCAAAGAACAACUUUUCAGGUGAACUUCCAUCGUCCUUGAAAAACUGCAGUAAGAUGGUCAAUCUUGAUCUUAGUGAGAAUAAUUUUUCUGGGAAAUUUCCAACUUGGUUAGAAGGAAAAUAUAUGAGCACUUUGCUGAUUUUAAGCAUGCGGUCGAACUCCUUCACUGGAGUCAUUCCACCACAAUUGUGUAGCCUUUCAACUCUUCACAUCUUGGACCUUGGACACAAUAAUUUUUCUGGGCAUAUUCCCAAAUGCAUUGGAAAUUUGGAUGGAUUGAAGUCUGAACUGAAAGAAAGUGAUAUAACUUACCAAGGAAAGUUGCAAAUAGUAGCAAAAGGAAGAAAACUAGACUAUGACUCCACUCUAUAUCUUGUCAACAGUUUUGAUAUAUCUGAUAAUAACUUGUCAGGAGAAAUACCAAUGGAGUUAACAAGCCUAAUACUACUAGGCACUUUAAACCUAUCCAUGAAUCAUUUGACAGGAAAGAUACCAUUCACGAUUGGUGACUGUGAAAGGCUGGAAACUCUUGAUCUUUCAAUGAACAAUCUUUCUGGCCCAAUACCAGAGACCAUGUCUUCUUUAACAUAUUUGAAUCAUUUGAACCUCUCUUAUAAUAGUUUGUCAGGGAAUAUUCCAACAAAAAACCAAUUUCAAACCCUCAAUGAUGCAUCUAUAUAUGAAGGAAAUCCAGGCCUUUGUGGUGACCCUUUACCGAGAAAAUGUGAUCACGGCAACCAACAACCUGAAAUCGACGAUGAAGAUGGAGAAGACAAAGAUGGUAGGAUUAGUGAUGUGAUAAAAAAGAUGGGUUUCUUCAUCAGCGUGGUUUUAGGUUUCUUUGUGGGAUUUUGGGGUGUUUUUGGAACUAUGUUAAUCAAGGGUUUUGGAAGAAAUUCCUACUUCAAUUGUACUGACAGGGUAAAGAAGAGAUUUUUGGUUGUUGUUUAGGCCAAUUUUUCUCAAAAAGAAACAACAUUGGGAUUGAAAACAAAAUCAAAGUAUGGUUCAGUCAUAGUAAUAAAUAAACUUAUAUUACUUUUAGUAUAAUAAUUUACUUUAAUGAAUUGUGUUUUCUUUCCCUGAACAUUUAUUCCAAAUUUCCUAAACAUAAGUAUUUCUUAA